ACACCUUUUAGUUUAUCUCUUGAGUUCACUGGUGGACGAGUGAUGAGACUUUUGGAUGGACUAGCUACACACCAAUCUGUCUUCGUGUGCACAUUCGAUGGUUCAGACGUGUGAUAUACUUAAGUACAAUUGGUAAACAAUAAAAUACUUCUCUAUAAUCAAGAAGCCUAUGUGCUUCGGGUAGUUACAACUUUAAAUCAAAAGCACUCGGCAUCUGAGCAGCUGGUAGUUACAACUUGGAAUCAAAAGCACUCGACAUAUCAGCAGCUGUUAGUUACAACUUCGAAUCAAAAGCACUCGGCAUAUCAGCAGCUGGUAGUUACAACUUUGAAUCAAAAGCACUCGGCAUAUCAGCAGCUGGUAGUUACAACUUGGAGUCACACAGACACCCGUAGGUUACAACUUCGACUCACACCCGGGCGUCUCAGCAGGCGUCAGCACCGAUGACAGAAGAGACCAUGAAAAAAUUCGGCCUGAGAUUCCUGCUCGGCACAAUUCUCGCCAUCGUACUGUUCCUCAGCAUAGAGAGGCAGUACAAGACCGCGAACGAUCUCAUUCAACACAAGGUCAAGGCUGCUUCCAACGACUCACAGGAAGAGCGUGGACCGCUGCUUCAGGAAACCGCUCUGGAGUUUAAUGUUCUGAAUGAAGUUGACACGAAUUUUGGACUGAACUUCAGUAAGAGAGGUGAGGGGGAGGGCGGAGGGACUAACAGUUCGUUGAACUCGCAAGUUUUGGGAACAUGGGUAGACGUGUCCGAAAACAAGGACGAAUUCGGACAGAACGUAGACGCUAUCCAGGAUAGCUCUCAGGGAGAUGUAGACCAGGAGAAUGUCGGUCAAACCAGUCCUGGGCCUGAAGAACCAUCCGUCUAUGACGUCAUUAACGAGACAGAAGAAGGCGUCACAAGCCAGAAUCCUGAAGCAGACGUUGAUGACGUCGUGUACGAGAACCCUGCAGCAGACCCUGAUACAUUCCUUAACUCGCUGCUCGGUUUGCGCAAGUUCCUUCCCUUCGCUACAGGGGACGCUGGAGAAGAGAAGAAAAUAAACGACGUAGAUCUCGAUGCAGAACUAGGAGAGCCGGCUAAUUUUGUGGACCCGAGCAACGCGUUCAGAAGUUUUAGGUUUGAACACGAGGAAUUUUUCAUCAAUAACAGAAACAAAGAAGUGAGCGAGAACAAGGAAAGUGAUGGCUUUGUCGAGGCGAAAUUGAAUGAUAAAAAUGUUGAAUUAGAAAAAACUGAAUACGACGGCAAGAUUUAUGACAAUGACAAAGUUGAAUUAGAAAACAACGAUGAAAUUACAGAUAAAAACGAUGGCGAGGAUGGAUUAGUAAUCAACAAUGAUAACAUGGUCUCCGAUAGUGUGACUUUGACGCCAGAAUACUAUGAACAAAUUAAAGCAGAUGAAAUAGUUAAUGACGACAUUGAUGAGACCAACAUCGAUCAUUCAGUAGCGGUCAAAGACGGCUCCCCGGUGAACGACAAUCCCCUGAAGAAGAUCUACGAUGAUCUCAUUCAAGUCGGACCAGGUAACCAUGACGACGCAGACACCCAGUCACGUGUUGGACGAAUUGUUCAAAUGAACAUGCUAGAGAACCAGCCGAGUCAGCAGCAGGAAAACAUCCUCGCCCCUGAACAGCCCUCAGAGCAGCAGAGACACGCCGCUGACAACAGAGAUCCUUUACGGCUGCUCCAGCUGCUUCAAGCCGCCAACUCCAACGUCCCUCUAGAGAACGAUCUACUCAACUCCCUGCAGGAUCUACUUCAGCGUCUCACCCAGCGUCCACAGAUCUCCCAGCAGAACCUGGGAGCACCACCCCAUCUACCCGGUGGUCCCCCUUCACCCCAACAGCUAGUUGACCCACCCAACACAAACCUGGUUGAUAUAAAAGCCAGCUUACCAACGUAUAAAGACAACAACAGUUUAUACCAGUCGCAGCCUAUAAACGGUACAGAGUAUUUAGACGAGCAGAGUGACGGGGUUGGGUUCGGGCCGAUACCCCCAGACCAAACCACCAGUCUAUACGAUGAUGAGUUUAAGAAAACAACAGCCUCUUCGUACUUGAACCCGCAGUAUGACAACCCAACCCCUCUGACGGAAGAGGAGUUCAUGCUUUACCGCACGAAGCCUUACAACGCCACUGUACUCAAUGCAACAACUGCUGUACCACCCAGACACGAGGGCGACCAGUUGGUGAACGAUGAAAAAUGGGCUGUUGUUCAGGUCAGCGAGCUACAACCCGGUGUUGACAGUCAACAAAAUAUCAGCAAUCAACAAAAUAUCAACAAUCAAGAAAAUAACAAUCAACAAAAUAUCAACAAUCAACAAAAUAACAACAAUCAACAAAAUAUCAACAGUCAACAAAAUAUCAACAAUCUACAAAAUAUCAACAAUCAACAGCCGUCUUACAAUCAACAAUCUAACAACCAGCUUCAACCCGAUGUACAAAAUCAACCGCCCAACAAUCAAAUGCUGGUUGACAGCCUACAAGUUCCAAACAAUCAACCAUCCAACAAUCAACCAUCCAACAAUCAACCAUCAAACAACCAACCAUCCAACAAUCAACCAUACAACAAUCAACCAUCAAACAACCAACCACCCUACAACAGCCAACAGUCAAACAAUAACCAACAACCAUCCGACAAUCAACCAUCCAACAUUCAACUACCAUACAACAGCCAACAGUCAAACAACAUCCAACAACCGUCCAACAUUCAACCACAGUCCUACAAUAAUGCACCAGCAAGUGGCAUCAUAAGCCUCCAAGAUCAGCCGAUACAAAAAAUCUUGCAAGAUCCCGAGGCCAUGAGACCACCAGAGGAGAGAAACCAGGCACAGGCCGGGCAGAUCUCGCGAGAUGUUGGUCAACAGCCUGCAGCAGCUGUACAGCAACAGCUGAUAGGACAGCCAGGACAACAGCCAGACCUGUCAGGACAGCAGCAACAACUGUUAGGACAGCAGCAACAGCUGUCAGGACAGCAGCAACAGCUGUUAGGACAGCAGCAACAGCUGUCAGGACAGCCAGACCUGUCAGGACAGCAGCAACAGCUGUCAGGACAGCAGCAACAGCUGUCAGGACAGCCAGACCUGUCAGGACAGCAGCAAGUACAAGGACAGCAGCCAGACCUUUCAGGACAGCAGCAACAGCUAUCAGGACAGCCAGACCUGUCAGGACAGCAGCAGCAGCUGUUAGGACAGCAGCAACAACUACCAGGACAGCCAGACCUAUCAGGCCAGCAGCCACUGGCCCCAGAACCUCAGCGCCAGGGCACUGGUCGUGAGUUGUUCUCUCACGCAGACAACAUGUUCAUAGACGUACCACAAUCGCCAAUUCAAAACGACACAAGUGCAGGAAACGAUGACGUCAUCACAUGCCCGCGACAAGUGAAGUUGGCUAAAACGUCCCAUCCAAUCACAGCGCUUGUUGCAUUUCCCGGUGCAACAACUGAUUGGCUGAGAAAAAUUCUCGAACAGCUGACGGGCGAGGAGACGGACUCUAUCUAUGACGUCAUGGCCAACCUCAAGUCCGGCAACGCGGCCAGCGUGUACCAGAUGAGCAAGAAGAUCGCCAUCCAGACCCACGCCGCCUCGGACAAGAACUUUGAGAGGGGGGUCAUCGUCAUCAGCAACCCCUACAGCGUGGAGGAAAAACAUAAGCUCUUCCGUCCCCGGGCUAUAGACUGGCAGCGCGACUACCUGUGGGCACCGACGUACAGGGCGUGGCUGACCAGCGCCCUGCCCACCUAUGUCCUGCUCUACGAGGACCUGGUAGAGGCCCCUCUAACGGAGUUGCUCAAGCUGGCAGAGUUCCUGGGGGCGCCAGAUAGGAGGAUCAGCUACGAGUGCGCCCUCGAUGUGGCCACCGCCCCGCCCCCAAUGGUGGAUGACGUCAGACAGAUAGCAGGCAUCUACAACAGAGACCGGAAACGGAUCAACGCCAACAUCGACACGGUCAUGGAGGUGGCUAAAACCACUCAUCCAGAGAUUAUCGCCCGACUCGACAGCUACAAGGUUUACAGUUACGUUUGACAGGGUUAGACAACCAUCAAAUUUACAGUUACAUUUGACAGGGUAGGACAGCCAUCAAAUUUACAGUUACGUUUGACAGGGUAGGACAGCCAUCAAAUUUACAGUUACGUUUGACAGGGUUAGACAACCAUAACAUUUACAGCUACGUUUGACAGGGUUAGACAACCAUAACAUUUACAGUUACGUUUGACAGGGUUGGACAACCAUCAAAUUUACAGUUACGUUUGACAGGGUUGGACAACCAUCAAAUUUACAGCUACGUUUGACAGGGUUGGACAACCAUCAAAUUUACAGCUACGUUUGACAGGGUGGGACAAUCAUCAAAUUUUACAGUUACGUUUGACAGGGUUGGACAAUCAUCAAAUUUACAGUUACGUUUGACAGGGUUGGACAAUCAUCAAAUUUACAGUUACGUUUGACAGGGUGGGACAGACAUCAAAUUUACUGUUACGUUUGACAGUGGGACAACCAUCAAAUUUACAGUUACGUUUGACAAAGUAGGACAACCAUCAAAUAUACAGUUACGUUUGACAAAGAAGGACAACCAUCAAAUUUACAGUUACGUUUGACAAAGUAGGACAACCAUCAAAUUUACAGUUACGUUUGACAAACAAGGACAACCAUCAAAUUUACAGUUACGUUUGACAGGGUUGGACAACCAUCAAAUUUGCAGUUACAUUUGACCAUCGAUAACAAACAUCGUUUGGAUUGCAGUUCUUGUUGAUGAACUGAGCUAUGACCUAAACUUACAGCUAUAAACGACCCAAACUUACAGCCAUAAAUGACCUACAAAUGUACAUACACAACCAACAAGACAAUCCCAAUAUUGACAGGUUGUAAACAGACGAACGUUGACAGAAAUGGUUUUUAAUCUCCGUGUAUUUUUGUAUCCCAACAUUUUAUAAUCUUUAAACCAGUUUGUUGUAAUGUGUAUAUAGAAGUUCAUCAUCUCAUCCAAUCACUAUCUCUCUCGCCCAUCUGCAGCGUGCCUUAAGAAACAAACAAUAAAUCUAAACGGUCCAUUACUGUCAA